AUGUUGGUAGAUGGAAUACUUGGGGAUAAGAGGUAGUAUUGUAAUCUAAAAAUUUUUAGGGGUGGUGGACAGUAUUCAGAAGUAGGAGAUGGAUUUAAGAUUGGGAAAUGGAUUGAGUUGAGUGAUGAAUUAAAUUAAUUUGAGUAUAUCUCUUUCGCAGUAGAAUGCAAGAAGGAUAAAAAAGUUGGUAAAUGA